GAGUGCAGAAGAUGGAACGGAGGAGUACCAGAGAGUGAGCACGAAUGUUGGGAAAGGACUGACGGUGAUCCAGGAGGAGCUCCACAGGAUGAGGAUGGCCACCAAGGCCCAGGUGGAGAGUCUGAACCUGCAGAGAGAGGUUAAGGAAAUGAUGUACAAGAAGGUGAUUCCAUCAGAAACCCCGAAGAUGCCGGACUUCCUGGUGGCUCUUCGACCUCACACCGUGUGGGAGAAGACCCCCGUCAAACUGUUCUGUACCGUGGAGGGAAACCCCAGGCCCGUCGUCAAAUGGUAUAAAGGAGGAGCGCCCGUCGACCCACUGAGCGCCCCAGGAAAGUACAAGAUUGAAAACAAGUAUGGAGUCCACAGUUUGAUCAUUAGCAGGUGUGCAGUGAGCGAUACGGCUGAGUACAGCGCUGUGGCAUCAAACCCUCACGGCACCGCCACCAGCAAGGCUACCGUCACCGUGAAGAGAGCAGCAGGGACCGGGGAGUCCUGCCAGCUCAAUUUAGUGCCCCACCUGACUGAGAUCCAUGCCAGCAAGCUGGAGGUCAGUCUUUUGGACCGUUUCUCCGUCAGCUUUGGGACGGAGGGCAGCUGCAUCAGCCUGGUCUGCUCCAUGGUGGUGGUCCCAGACCUGCCCAACUUGCCCCCCCUUGCCCAGUGGUACCGAGACGAUAAGCUUCUGAAGCCCAGCGCUCUGGCGGAGAUGUCUGUGGGGGGGGGAUCCGCCCGCCUGACGCUGCCUCAGCUGGCCAAAGACGACGAGGGUCUCUACACGCUGCGCAUCUUCACCAAGGACGGCACCACGGAGCACAGCGCCUACCUGUUCGUCUCAGAUGCGGCGGCCCCUGUCUCUGGCGCCCCUGGUGCCCCGAUGAGUGUGAAGGCGUACGACAUCAACUCUGACUACUUGCUGGUGGCCUGGAAACCCCCGAACACCGUCAACGAGGCGGCCAUCAGCGGAUACUUCGUGGACAGGCGUGAGUCUGGCAGCGACGCCUGGGUCCAGUGCAACGACGCCCCGGUGAAGAUCUGUAAAUACCCGGUCCACGGCCUGACGGUGGGGAACUCGUACCACUUCAGGGUCCGAGCCGUGAACAGCUCUGGGAUCAGCAGGCCGUCCAGAAAGUCGGACAAAGUGACCGCCCUCGAUGCCGCCGAGAGCGAGAGGCUGCAAGUGAUUAAAAUCGAAGGGAGAUACGACAUUCUGAUCCAUGACGAUGAUCUGGAAGGCUACGUAACGAUCCCAGGUCAGCCUACCGAAGUCCACGCGUCCGAGGUUUUCAAAUCGUACAUCGUGCUGAGCUGGACGCCGCCUCGCCCCCGCGGACGAGUGCCGCUGAGCUACGUCAUCGAAAAGUGCAUAGCGGGCACUGGAGCAUGGCAGCGGAUCAACACGGCGGUCAAACUGCACUCUCCCCGUUACCCGGUUUUUGAUUUGCAAGACGGACAAAAGUACCAGUUCAGAGUGUUUUCAGUGAACCUGUACGGCUGCAGCGAGGCGUCGUUUUCCUCCGAGCCCGUCCAGAGGCAGGAUGAGGACGGCGUGCCCUCGGCCCCCGGUCAGGUCGUGGCCACCAGGAACUCCAAGUCCUCCGUGUUCGUUCAGUGGGAAUCUCCCAAACACCUGAAGAACCUGAUGGGAUAUUACAUCGACGGACGCAUCGUGGGAUCCAAGGAGUGGUUCCCCUGCAACCACAAGCCCUUCAAACACUGCAGGUUUGUGGUCCACGCCCUGAUCCCUGGUGAGAGCUACACCUUCAGAGUCCAGGCGGUGAACGUGUUCGGCCUCAGUGAAGAAUCCCAGGAGUCCACGGCCAUCGCUGUGGAGCCGGCACUCGCGACCCCCAGCUCCGCCUCUGGGAUCAGCAUGCUGAGCUGCGACGGCUCCUCCAUGACUUUGGUCUGGAAGAGCCCCAAACACUGCGGAGGCUCCAAGGUCAACGCCUACUACAUCGACAAGAGGAACGCUGACACGCUGGUGUGGAAGGAGGUCAACGUGGCGGCUGUGAAGGAGAGGAUCUGCACCGUGGACAGUCUGACUGAAGGAGUUUUCUACGAGUUUAAGGUUCAGGCUGCCAACAUGGCGGGCGUCGGGGUGCCGUCGGCUCCCAGCAGCCCCAUGAAGUGUGAAGCCUGGACCAUGGAGCAGCCAGGCCCGGCGUACGACCUGAGCUUCAGUGAGGUCAGAGGUCAGUCCCUGGUCGUCCUGUGGAAAGCUCCGGUGUACAUCGGGGCCAGCGCUGUGUCUGGGUAUCUGGUGGAGAUGGCCAAGAAGGGAUCCUCAGAGUUUGUGACUCUGAACGAGGAAGCUGUGAGCCACCGGUACCUGCAGGUGAGCGGUCUGCAGGAAGGAGAAACCUACGUGUUCAGAGUUCGCUCGGUGAACGCUAACGGAGUCGGGAAACCUUCCCAGCUUUCUGAGCCCGUCUGUGCCAAAGCUCUGCCAGGCACUCAGGAGAUCGUGGCCAGCGUGGACGAGGAGACCGGAGACGUGUUCCUGUCUCUGGAGGCCUGCGAGAUCUCAGAGACCUCCAAGUUCGUCUGGUCCAAGAACUACAAAGCCAUCGGAGACUGUCCCAGAGUCGCCAUCUCCAACAAGGGCAGAACCUCCAGGCUGACUUUCUCCAACCCGGACAAAGAUGAUCUGGGCAGAUACUCUGUGGUCGUCACCGACACAGAUGGAGUCUCUUCCAGCCACACUCUGACUGAGGACGCUCUGAACACCAUGCUGGAGCUCAGCUAUGCCAUCAGACAUCCAAUCGUUCCUCUGAAACACGGUCUGGAUUACGAGAUCUUGGAGAAGGGUCACGUGCGUUUCUCGCUGCAGGCCGUCAAACUGUCGCCCUCCGUGUCCUACAGAGUCAUCGUUAACGACAAGGAGGUCAAAUCUGGAGAGGGAAUUAAGAUCAGUCACGACGUCGCCACAGGAAUGAUCCAGAUGACGGUGGAUCAUUUCACUCGAGCCAACGAGGGAACGUACGUCGUUCAGAUCCACGACGGAAAGGCCAAGAACCAGAGCUCCCUGGUGCUGGUGGGAGACGUGUUCAAAGCUGCUCUGAAGGAGGCCGAGUUUCAGAGGAAGGAGCACAUCAGGAAGCAAGGUCCUCACUUCUCUGAGUAUCUGUCCUUCAGCGUCACUGAGGACUGCACUGUUCUGCUCACCUGCAAGGUGGCUAAUGUGAAGAAGGAGACGUCUUUCCACUGGUACAAAGAGGACGAUGAGAUUGUUCCAGAAACUCCUCCCAAUGUCCUGUCUGGAGCCUGCGCUCUCGCCAUCCCUCUGUUCUCCAGGAAGGAUCAGGGCGUGUACAAGGCGGUGCUCGGUGACGACAGAGGAAAGGAUUCAUCCUCCUUCGACAUCUCAGGACAAGUGUUUGACGACAUCAUCAACGCCCUCGCCCAGAAUGCAGGUGCCUCUGCCUCUGAGCUGGUGCUUCAGUGCACACCAGAGGGCAUCAGGCUGCAGUGCUACAUGAACUACUACACAGAGGAGAUGAAGACCUCCUGGAAACACAAGGAGAGUAAGAUCGCCUCCUCUGAGAAGAUGAGGAUCGGAGGAACAGCGGAGAUGGCGUGGAUGCAGAUCUGUGAUCCGUCCGAUAAGGAGAAGGGGAAAUACUCCAUCGAGAUCUCCGACGGCGUGCAGACCCACGCCAGGACCUUCGACCUCUCCGGACAGGCAUACACCGAUGCCUAUGAGGAGUACCUGAGACUGAAGUCCGCUGCAUUUGCUGAGAAGAACCGUGGCAGAGUGGUGGGUGGUCUGCCUGAUGUUGUCACCAUUAUGGAAGAGAAGUCUCUGAGCCUGACCUGCACCGUGUGGGGCGAGCCGACCCCCGAGGUCUCCUGGUUCAAGAACGAGCAGGAAGUGGCCUCCAACGAGCACACCAGGGUCACCUUCGAGGGCGGCAAGUUCGCCAGCCUAGUCAUCAACAAGGUGACGCCCGACGACUCCGGCAAGUACAGCAUCAACGUGAGGAACAAGUACGGCGGGGAGUUCGUGGAGAUCACCGUCAGCGUGUACCGGCUGGGAGAGAAGAUCCCCGAGCCAAAGCUGGGGCAACCCAAAACCACCGCUGCUCCUCCCUCCAAAACCCCAACUCCGACCCCUAAAUCCCAGACCCCGGCCUCCAUGAAGAGCCCGACUCCCGCCUCUACUCCUGCUUCUACUCCCAUCCCUAAAUCUCCGACUCCAUCUCGCGGCGUGAAAAGUCCGACUCCAGCCAACACUCCCGCUUCUACCCCCAUCCCAAAAUCUCCAACUCCAUCUCGUGGCGUGAAGUCUCCAACUCCACCCAGAUUCAUGAAGUCUCCCACCCCUCCCAGGAAGUAAAGGGAAGUGGGGAAGUCUGCGGGGGAAAUGAUUGCUGUUAGCAUCGCUGAUUCGUAGCAUGAGUGUGAAACCACGAGGUUUUAAAGUUGAUGUAGUCACUGGUAAAAAGCCUGGAUAAACACUUCCAAAAAACGAGCUUCUAACAGUCUUGUUUCUAGAAGUGCUCUAUCAUUUCUGAGAGCACGAUAUAUAUAUAAUAAAACAAGAGAGGGUGGCUUUAACAGUGGCUACUAGCAUACAGUAGAUUCCCUUUUCAUGUUAAUAUCAUUCAACUGCUUUGAGUGGGAUAAAAGAGGCAAAAAACGUAGAAAGAAAAGUAAAACCAGGGUAGAUUUUUUUAAAGCUGCACCUUCCACUAUGCAACGAUAGUGGAACGCCUUUAUACAUUAUGGAUGUUAAAGGAUAAUUCCAGUUUAUUACAACUUUGGUCAUUAUUAAGUCACUUUAAAGCGGUCAGGAAACACAGGCUGUACACAAGUAUCCAGGGUAAACACACUUAUUUGAUGGAUAAAAGUCAAAAUAAGUGUGAUAAAAAAUACAGGGUUUUUUAAUCAUGUUUCCUCCCUUGUCUCUAGCGAUGUAUUCCCAGGUGUUAUCAGUUUACCUGGUGAGUACAAAGGUAUCAUAACCACAAAAAAGGUGACCAAAACUAACAAAAUAAGACCAUAAUUGUUAUUAACGGAAAUCACCAUUCAACGAAAUAACCUGGGAGUCUUCAGGCACAGAGCUGGGUUGGAAAUGAACACCAGAUUCCAGAUCAUUUUUGUUUUCUCUCUGGGGUGUUUCAAGUUGUCCUCCUUUAUCCCAGGUAGCUUCACCAGCUGACGAUGAUCCUGUGAGUGAAUAUAUUCAUGUCUUCAACAUGUCGUGUUUCCCCCAAAGCUUUGAAACGGCAAUAAACGUUACUUAUCAACCUCC